UUCCCGUACAAUCCCAUUCUUCUAUUUUCCUUUCUUUCAUUGCUCAUCCUCAUACAUCCAUUGCUCAUACAUCCAUUGCUCAUACAUCCAUUGCUCAUACAUCCAUUGCUCAUACAUCCAUUGCUCAUACAUCACACCCUCAUCCCUCAUCCACUCUUUCAUCGCAAUGAAUCAGAAACAUUGAUAUGGAAACCCCCACUCCUUAUCCAUAAACAAAGUCUUAUCCACCAGUCCACGUGUAUGCGUGCUGUAGUUAUCCAGUCACGCCAGUGAGAUUAACCGCUGAUCUCGAGAACUUUGAAGAAUAGGUACAUAUUUACAUAUACAAGAGAGACUUUAUUUGUUAUUUGAUUCGAGGAAUGAAGAUUUUUACUUUGCUUUAACUUUUCCCUUGGUUUUUUAAGGCUUCACAGGACAGGAUUGGAUUAAUCGUCAAAGAAGGACAGGGAACCUGCAUGCAUGUUAUUCAAUCAUUGUGGAACGUGUAUGCCAAAUCAAGUCGAAUCAAGUCAGUUCCCAAGUUGAGCAUUCAAGAGAUAUUUAUAGGUUAGGAAUACACGACGUCAGGAAGAAAUCAUCUCAUUGCAUUAGAGCUUUUGGUACUCUGUACAUCACCACGUUAAGUCUUCGUCGUACAAGAUCAUCCUCGAUCAACGUCAUACGAGACUCGAGCCCCUCGAAAUUUGUUACGUUAUACUAUACACGAAAUCUUUAAACAAUCUCAUUGAUAGCCUAUUCUAUCUUCGAUAUCGUUACGACUUUCCGAGAUUAUAUCACAAAGACGCGAACAGAUUUAAGACGGAGAUUGUAUUGAUAUCACAUAUAUCUGUACAACGAUAAGUGAUAUACAUAAAGAUGGCCUUUAGACAACCUACAUAUCAAACUCCCCGAAUAUUUACACAAACAAGUCAAGAUGCAAACUCGCAGACGCAGACAGAACAAAAUAUACAAGAGAGAGAUAAUAGGGUAGAAGAAAGUCAAGAAUGGGUAUUAUUUACACCAGUGGCGCCGACUUUUACAGAGGGAACAUAUACGACUAGUACAGGAAGGACUAGAGGGACACGAACAGCGGGCCAUUCGAGGGUUAGUGAUUUUGGGAGUUUAGAAACUGCGGCCAGAAGUUAUGGGAUUUAUGAUGAUCAUGAUGUUGAUGAAGAUGAGGAUGCGGAAUUGGAUUCGUUGGAUAGUCAUUUACACGAAUUUAGGACGGAACCAAGUGUUUAUGGGAAUAGGGAAGAUGGGGAGGGACCAGUGUUGCCAAAACAUGAUGGGUUAGGGAGUUUUAGGGUGGAUGGAAUGGGAGAGGAUGCUCAACAACAUUUAUAUGCAUUUGAAAUGUAUAAUCCUAGGAGGGUGAAGAGGAGGAGGGAAAGUUUGGAGAUUGGGGAUAUGGCUUUGGAGAAUGAGAGAGCGGCAGAAAUGGAGAGAACGAGGAGGAUUGAAUUGUGGAGGUUGGAACAGAGUAAAGCUUUGGUGGAUGAAAUACAAAGGGAGACGAGAAGAAGGAAACAAUCCAUGUCGAGUGAAAAGAGGAGUGUUGUCGUCGAGGAUAAGGAACAAGAGGAUUUGGCUACAUUAAAUCAUGUCGAGGCGGAACCAAUACCAGCAAUUAUACGCGAAAAUGAAAGUUUAUGGAAUAGACUCACUCGAAGAGUAAUACGGGAUCUCAUGGGUAUAGAUGAUGAUCUUCUCUCAAUCAUCUUUGGUGAAUCUCUACCGAUGGAAGACGAUUUAUCCAAAAUACCAGGAAGACCGAUAUCCAUUCCUAUCGUCACCAAACCUGAUAAGAGUUCAUGGGAAUACAGACUUCUUGAACGAAUUGCUCGCGAAUUAGGAUUGCUGGUCAAUCAACUUUCGGAUCAUCCAGGUGCUUUUACUACAUAUCUUCAAACUCAACAAACACAUCUUCCUUAUGCAGGGUUACCUGUUAUCCCCGAGUCAGCUUCGAGUAACAAUAUGAAUAUGGCUACGGAUAUUCCACUUCCUGAUUUGGAACAAGAAGAGAUAGAACCUCUUACCUCAACUCUAACUACAGAUGCUGAUUUAGAAUUCCAUCCUACGAUCACUCGACCAGUUUCAAUACCGAAUUCGAGCAUUAUUGGUCGAGGACAGGAAUCAAAAGAUGAUUCCACACCAACACAGUCAUUUAGUGCUCCUAUAACAAAAGAGGAAUGGGAAAGAGAUUUGGAUAUUACAAUGGUCUUUCGAUAUUUGAAAAGUAGAUUUACGAGUAGGGGUGAGAAUGUACAGACUUCUACAGCAGGUUCGGCUUCAGGUUCGGUACUAUCGAAAAGUACGAGAGACAAUCUUGCAGUAGAAAAUUCACCCGAUUCGUUAGCUCGAGCAGCGAGAGUAAGAGCUCAUCAUCCUUUAGUCAACCUCAAAGCGAAUAAUGGAGGGGUGAGGAAGAGAGUGGGAAGAAGAGGAUCUAGUGAAAGUGGUGUCGGUUUAGGAUUGGGAGGGUUAGGUAAAGGGAUUGGUGGAAGUGGAUUGGGAUUAGGAAGUGGAGGUGUACCUAUUGGUGGCACACUCAAAAGUUUGAGAAUUGGUAGUGGGAGUAGUAGACAUUAUUGGGAUAUUGGGGGUAGUAUUGGAAGUUCUACUAGGGGGAGUGUGGUUGUGGGUGGUGCUGGUGGAGGGGGAAUGGGUGCUUGGGGGGAGGUUUAGAGAGGUGGGGAAUUUAUUCUUCACUUCUUUGUUUGAUGGGUGGGUGCGGUGGAUGAUGCAAUGGAUAGUGCGUGGAUAGUGCAUGGAAUGGGUUUUAUGAUUGAUGAUGUCGAUGAGAUGAUGGAUGGAUUUUAACGAAAUGGAAAUAUGAAUUAGCGAGGAAAUCGAGCGAGCGAGCGAGUAAAUAUUUAUUGAGCGGAGUAUAGUUUAUAUUAUUUUAUUUUUAUAUUGGGUUGAAAUUAGAACUGGGGAUGAGAUUGAGAUUGAUUUAAAUAAGUUAAGAUUGGAUUUAUUAAAUAUAUACAACAGAAACCUUAAAUUGAAAAAGUAAAUAAAUAAAUAAAUAAAUAAAUUUGAAACCUUUCAAAGCAGAUAAAUCUUUGUUUUUAAAACUUUUCAUUUUAAAAUCUUUUAUAUUUAAAAAAAAUAUAAAAAUUAUAAAUGAAUUAUUU